AUGAGCCUAGAAGGAGCUUAUGAUCCUGAAAAAGAACAAAUUGUUGUGUCUUUUCGCGAAUUGCUUCUUCUUGAGGAUCAGCUGCCAGGGAAGCACACUGAUAAUCACACCCUUUUGCGAUUUCUACGAAUGAGGGAUUUUGAUCUAAUUAAAGCAAAAGAAGCUUUUUUGAAUUAUCUUAAGUGGCGAAAGGAGUUUCGUGUUGAUGCAAUUAUCAAGGUGAAUGCAAACUCUGUAUUUGUAGUUGUUUGUACUUGGAACUUAUGA